AUGACCGCCGCCCCACCCGACGCCUUUCAAAAGGGAAAACAGCUUCAGGUGGGCUCCCACAAGAUUUCCAUCCUCAAGUACUUGUCCCUGGGUGGUUUUGCUCAUGUGUACACGUGCACCAUUGAUCCACCAUUCCACGGCAAUAAGGUGGCCUGUUUGAAGCGUGUUGUCGUGCCAAACAAGCUCCAGCUUAGUUUGCUUAGGCAGGAAGUGGAUGCCAUGAAGCGUUUGCGUGGUAACAAGCACAUUGUCUCAUAUAUCGACUCACAUGCAUCCAGGCUUCCUUUGGCAAAGGCCAACGACACGCAACAGUACGAAGUGUUGCUUCUCAUGGAAUACUGCUCUAAAAAUGGAUUGAUAGACUUCAUGAAUACUAGAUUGACGCAUCGUCUCACUGAGCCCGAGGUGCUCAGCAUCAUGUCUCAGAUUACCACCGGUGUCGCCAUGUGCCACCAAUUGCACCCUCCUUUGAUCCAUAGAGACAUCAAGAUCGAAAAUGUCUUGAUUGACGAUAAGGGCACCUACAAGCUCUGUGAUUUCGGCUCUGCCGUGCCUUAUGCGCCAGUACCCCAAACACCACAAGAACUCAAUGCCUUGCAUUCCGACCUCAUGCAGCACACGACACCCCAAUACCGGGCUCCAGAAAUGAUAGACCUCACGCACGGCUUUCCCAUAGAUGACAAGCUGGAUAUUUGGGCAUUGGGUAUCUUUUUGUACAAGCUUUGUUAUUACACAACUCCAUUCGAGCUGCCUCACCAGAAAUCCUUGGCUGACUUGGAACAGCUGAUUCUCAAUUGCAACAUCAAUCUCCGUUUCCCAGGCUCGCCUCAAUACUCCAAUCGUCUUCAAAACGUCAUCCACUGUUGUUUGAGAGCAGAUCCAAGAAGAAGACCGAAUGCGCUCCAGCUUUUACAGGAGGUUUGCCUGAUGCAAGGCGUUAAACAGAUUCCAGAGACUGUGCCUUACUCUGUCCGCAUCUCGAAGACUGUGCCCAUCAGUUAUGACUACACCAGUGUCAACAAUGAUUCCACUUCUCAGACUCAGGUCUUACAAGCGACAAUUCCUCAGAAGGCUCCCGCAAAGGCUGCAACACUGGAUGUUUUUGCUUCCAUCGACAAGACAAAGAUUCUUUCAAUGGGUUCUAAUCAUAAGAAACCAGACUUGCCUCGCAGGCCAUCUGGAAGAUCACACAAUUCAUCGACAACAUUACAUGAUAUGAUUAAAAAGCAAGUUGAUGACAGCUCUACAGAACUCAACAAUUAUAGAAAGUCUGAAGACAUAGACCGCUCCACGCUUGACUUCUUGAAAUCAAAGGAAGACGUGGGAAUCAGUUCUCGCCAGAGCACAGGUGGCUCCAUCAAAGCAUCGUUGAAGAAGGGAUUGAGAAGGAUAAGCACAGGGGGAUCCGUGUCUUCGCAAAGGAGUGGGUCUAAUGAUCAUAAGAGACACUCAAGCUCAAGCUCGAUUAGAAAGCUUUUCACAGGAUCUAAAGAGAAGGGUGAAGGCAUUGAAGAUCGUAAUCACUUACGCGUCCCAUCCCAAGAGAAGAAGGUCUCUUCCAUACAAAAGCGUAUGUCGCUUUUGCUCAAUAAUUCCGAACAAAAGGCUCCUAAGACCGCUUCAGGGUACGGAAAGUACACCGAUCAAGACGACAUCUCAGCUAUAAACUAUACCGAUCUUUCCGCAUCCGUGAGCGCUGAUUCACUCGUUACCAAUGAAUCGAGCUCGACCGAGGAACUACACAAACUUGACUCCGCACCAUCGAGGCCUUCGGUUUCUAAGACUCCAUCGGACAAACGCUUGAAAUCCAAGUCACCAAGAAAAUACAGCACACCACCUCCUAGACAGCUCUCUCCUUCAAAGUCAGCUUCUACAACAAAGCUCAAUACUCCGCUGAAGAAGCCUGAUCUUGUGAAGGUAGACCCAAAGAUACAAGCUGGGCUUGUAAGAAAGCCAGUGUCUCUAAAAAAGUCUGAACCGGAGAAAAAGUCAGAGUCUGAGGAGAAGUCCAAGCCCGCCUCUGAGACAAAAUCGCCAAAGAAGCCGGCGAAGAGACCACCACCUAAACCCUUUAAACCUAAGCAUUUGACCUUGCCGGAACAAAGCAGAAGGCUCAGUAACUCGAGUGAUACCUCAAUACCUGAUGUUGAGGAUCUUGAGAAAUCUUUUGCCAAAAGGUUCCCAAGCUACGUCUAA